AUGAGGACUCUUGCUCUUCUUGCUGCCAUCCUCCUACUGGCCCUCCAAGCCCAGACUGAGCCACUCAGAGAAACCAAUGAUGAGGUUACGGACCAGGAAGAGCCUGGAGCGGAGGACCAGGACGUGGCAGUCUCCUUUGAUGAAGACAAACUCUCGGCCCUAGAUGAUUCAAAAGAUCAAGGUGUGCCUUUGGAGAACAUCGUCGUGGGAUUUGCAGCCAUAAUAGUUUUCGCAGAAUACGUUGCUGCCGCUGAGAAAAACAGUGUUCAUAAUCUCCAUGAAAAAUCUGUAAAACCCUUGGUACCUUGA